UUGUCAAUAAGUACUAGUCCUUCCGCGAUUUGCGCCCCUCCUUGUUCUUGACCCUUGUUAUUGCGCGCUGGCCCUUCGAAUUCCGUUUGUGCUCGUUAUGCCAGACUCCUCAUAAUGCAUCUCCAAAAACGCGUCGAUGUAACGACAAUACCGCUUCCUAAAGUUGUGCCCACUAGUGGAGAUUUCGAUGGCAACGAUGGAAAAUGGUCUACUUUCCUCAUCAACGUCAACUCCGACAACCAAGGACUGAACGGGCAGGACUUCAAGGUCUUAGUGUCUACAUCAUCUGCGCUCACUCUUCUCCCUGCGCCAAACGAACAAUGCAACCCAGAUUGUGCGGCAAAACACGGCGUACUUACAUACAAUGGAAAGCAGGUCACGGGCGUGCAAGAAUCUGAAAAUUGGCAGGAUGCGGGAAUAUUAAGCAUUCCCCUUCCAUACUGGUACUCAAACGACUACACGGGUUACAACUCUACGCCGCGUGGAGUUUGGGGGACCACGAACGUUGGGCUUGGGCACAGCUCAGCGCAGAGCCUUGUCAAUCCAGGACUUUACGCUGUAAAGUACACAUCCAACGCCUUCUUUAUGGGCUCUUUUGGGCUUGCUGCAGGUGAGGUGGGCGGGCAAGGCGCAACCAAACCAACUUUCUUGUCGCAAUUCAAGGAUCUCCAAACUAUCGCGAGUCCUUCGUACGGCUACACGGCUGGUGCUUGGUAUCGUAACAACCGCAACGGUGUGCCUGGUAGCCUGGUUCUCGGUGGUUACGACAAAUCACGUAUGGCGCGUGAUGGCCUCUCACUACCAAUGCCGAACAACAAGAAUAACACACUUGUCGUCGGAGUCCCAUCAAUAUUGUACAGGCCAGAUCAAGACGUCGAGGCAAACCAAUACUCUUUCACAGCGAACACUACCGGCGGCUUCCGUGCCAACAUUGAUUCGACACUGCCUUAUCUGAUUCUCCCCGAUUGGAUCUGUGACGAGUUCCAAAAGAAGUUUCGCCUCACUUACGACAAUGAAACCAACUUCUACACUGUCAACUCUUCUGCGCACAACUGGAAUGCACAGCAAAAUGCUACAGUCACGUUCCAGCUCGCAGCGGGUCCCUUGAAUAGCGCUGAUCUCAUGAACAUACAGCUUCCGUACGACGCAUUUGAUCUACAACUCUCUGAAACUGGGGCCAAUGGUACGAACUAUUUCCCAAUCAAGAAAUCAAAGGACGGCGUAUACAUCUUGGGCCGCACCUUCCUUCAGGAAGCGUACAUCAUCGUCGACUAUGAACGAGCCAACUUCACGGUUGCUCCCGCUUCCAAUCCGAACUCUUUGCCGAAAGAGGACCUCAAGAUCAUUUACAAUACAACAUACCAUCCCGGAGCAGGGACACCGGAUUCGGACGGAGGACUGGCUCCUGGCGCCAUUGCUGGCACCGUGGUUGGAAUUGUCGUUGCUUUCGCAAUUGCUGGUAUCGUUGCCUUUUGCUGGUGGAGGAAACGGAAGAACAAGCGAGAAGUGGGGCAGAAGCACUAUGCAACUUCGCAGAUCGAUCCAACAUUGGCCGGUCAGGAGAUCAAACAUCGACGUGUGUCCGAACUCACUGGCUCCGACCUCCCAAGCUCUCCCAAAACCCCGCUCGCUGGCUACUACACGGCCGAUCAUAAGUCCGUCCCACCGAUUAGUGAAAUGUCCCCAGACAGCCCGCCAGUUGAGCUCUACAGCCCUCCACCAGAGAGCGCAAGCGACAUCGAUGGUGGUCGUGAUUACUUCACGGCUGGCAAGCCUCAUAGGAGAGGCGCACAAAGAGAUCGUGCUUCGUCAGGUCACAACACCCCUGGCACUCCCAUUGCUGAGCUACCUGGCGACGAUGCGCAAUUCCACACACCAGGCACACAGUUCGAUGCUGUGAGUCCACUGAACAGCCCGCUGCAUAGCCGUGGCCCCAGCGACACAUCUUUAUUAACGAACAUCGAUGAGAGGCUUGCAGACAACAAGAAAGACGCCACCAGGCCCGCACAGUCUGCAGAGACAGGUGCUGCCGUUGGAACUGUUGGUCCAAAGAACGAGGUGCAGGCCGAAACCACCACAGAGGCUGCUGCAGAACGACGCCCUUCACAUCAACGAGGACUCAGCGACACCACGAUCGCAAGCGACAGUACCGCCGUCUCUCAACCCACACCCGAAGAGCAAGAGCGUUGGGCCAGAGAGCCCAGGCGACCACUAUCCGAAUGAGGCAGAAAGAAAAUUAGUGUGAGACACCUUAGUGGCAUUAUCGUUCAUGUCUAUUAUCCAUUGCUCAUUUGCUGUCGGCACAUGUUGAACACUUGUUCCCCUCGGGGGCUUUUGCGCGAAUCAACAUUAUGAUUGAGUAUUUGAUACCCAAUAGUACGCUCUUUAGUACGAGAUGUAAUAUCACACAUUUUACUU